UAAUCAAGCACAAACUAUGGCCAAACUACGACGAGCCGUUAAAGAGUAAAUCAUUUCUACUACUACUACUGCUGCUUCCGUUCGCAGACUACCAUUCAGCCGAUUUAUGAGGAAUCUACCCGUGUCUUGUUAAUGCUACACGCUAUCGUUGAAAGAUGAUUAGAUCUGUCAUUCAUGGUGUGGCCCAAAUUCAGCCAAACUUUCUGAGACAACCGUUAUUAACAUCCACAUUGAGGGCAGUCACAUCAUGGGAUACUCAGAGUAUACACCCACCUGAUCCUUACAGUCAGCAACUGAGGACAGCUUACAUUGUCAAACGAACAAAUCCUCUUCCAUUAUCAAAAAUGCAUAAAAGAACCAGAUUAAUGAAGGGCCGUCAUUACUUAUAUGAAGUUGUUGAGAACACAGUUACCAGGAAAGAUGAUCCAUUAAAAGUUAUUUUAACUUCAUCAGUGGAAGGGCUUGGAUCAAAGGGAGAUAUUAUAGAAACAACUUCUUCCAAAGCAAGGAAUCAUCUCAUCUUGCCAGGGUUAGCUGUUUAUGCCUCUCCAGAAAACUUGGAAAAGUACUCAUAUUUAAUGAAGGAAGAGAGGACAGAAGACCAAGCAUCAUCACCAUUUGCUCGAAAGACUGCAGAAGAAUUGUCCUUGAGAAUCAUCAAUGUUAGCAUGAAUAUGAAACAUCCAUGGAAAAUUGAACCAUGGCACAUUCGAGUAGCCUUCCGUAAAGCUGGAAUCAUUGUACCUGAAGAAAGUAUAACACUUCCUUCUCAACCAAUAGAGGGACCUGAUCUUAGCAAACAAAGUAAAGAAUUUCUUGUCAAAGUUAAGAUAAACAAAAAAGAAGAAGCACUAGUUCGCUGCAGGGUACAUCAUUGUACUACAGUAGCAACUGAACGGAUACCCUACAAACCUUUUCAUUUUUUCCACCCAGCAGAACCCCUUUUUCCAGAAGAAGGUCCUAUUCUUGAAGAACUUACAAGUAAACACCCAAAAACAGUAUAUGAGGAUAAAGAGGAAUAAAGCUAAUGGUGUAUUUCUUUUAUAGUUACAAUGUCAAAGAUUUUAAAUGUAAAUGUAGUAAAUAUGUUUUUUUUAUAUAAAGAAUGUUGUUGAAAAGGUGUUUAAUAUCCCCCAAAUGACUUAUGGGUAUGUUAACAAUGGUUCAGGAGAAUUGUAUAGGAUCUUUUCAGCAUGAAUAGUAAUACUAAUUCAGUCAUAAAAUAUGUGCUUUGGUGUUACAUAUAACAUAGUAUGUACUGUCUUCAUGCCUUAUAUCAUAAGUAAAUGAUUGGUCUACUAUUGAAUGUGCAUAGUGCUUCAAGACUCAAAACUUAUAUGAAAUGAUUAUUUAGGUAGAGUAUAUGUAGCUCUAAGUAAAUUUGAGAAAUUUAUACUUUAUUUGGAAAUUAAAGUGAAACCAAAGCAG